AUGGAUGUUGAAAUGGUUAAAUAUCACCUUUUUCAAUACGGAUUUGUUGAGAACUAUUUUGUUUGGAAAUAUCAAGGGGAAGAAGAUGCUAUUGAUGAGAUGUAUUAUGUUAAUGAUUUGCAUGGUGGAACUCAACCUGAAUUGGGAUAUGAUAAUCCGUACCGACAAAUGGUUUUGGAUGUAGCUGGUCCAAACUUUGAUCAAGGUUUGAGUCGACAAUUUCAAAGCAAUAUUGAACAUGAGUCAUCUCAUACUUAUGAAACUUCAAUAGAGGAGGAGAUCAAUCCUUCAAUAGAGGAGGCAUCUGAUCUUCCAAUGGAGGAGGAGCCUAAUCCUGAGUCUCAAAGAUUUUAUGAUUUACUACAUGCCGCUGAUGCAAAAUUGUAUCCCGGUUCCUCCGUCUCUCAACUUGAAGUUGUCUCUAGGAUGUUAAACAUUAAAAUGGAGAACAACAUGUCACAGAGAGGUUACAACCAAAUGAUGCAAUUGUUGAAAGAUUCUUUACCUGAAGAUAACAUAGUGCUUGAUAACUAUUAUCAAACAAAGAAAUUGGUGCGUAGCUUGGGUUUGCCAGUUGAGAAGAUUGAUUGUUGUGAAUCAGGAUGUAUGCUAUAUUGGGGCGAUGAUGAGAACCUUACAUCUUGUAAAUUUUGUGGCAAUCAGAGGUAUAAGCGUCGUGUAGGCUCUCGUAAGCGGAAAUUGGUCCCUUAUAAGAAAAUGUAUUAUUUUCCUUUGAUCCCUAGAUUAAAAAGAUUAUAUCCAUCUCAUGCUACAGCUGCUGAUAUGAGAUGGCAUCAUGAGUAUACACAGGACGAAGGGGUAAUGCGUCAUCCAUCAGACUCUGAUGCUUGGAAACACUUCAAUGAAACUCAUACUUUUUUUGCCAAUGAACCAAGAAAUGUAAGAUUGGGGUUAUGUACGGAUGGUUUCCAACCAUUCAGUCAGACUGGGAGGAAAUACUCUUCGUGGCCAGUGAUUGUAACUCCAUAUAAUUUACCUCCAAGAAUGUGCAUGAAGGAAGCGUAUAUGUUCUUAACUGUCAUUAUUCCAGGGCCAAACAAUCCCAAACAUAAAAUUGAUGUUUAUCUGCAACCUCUAAUAAAGGAGUUGACCUUGUUGUGGGAGACAGGUGUAGAAGCAUUUGACAUUUCAAAAAAGCAAAACUUUCAACUAAGGGCAGCUUUGAUGUGGACUAUAAGUGACUUUCCAACAUAUUCUAUGUUAUCAGGAUGGAGUACUGCGGGCAAGUUAGCUUGUCCUUAUUGUAUGGAGGAGACACAAUCCUUUAGAUUAGAACAUGGUAGAAAAACAUCUUGGUUUGACAGUCAUAGGAUGUUUCUUGACCAACAUCAUCCUUUCCGGAGAGAUCGUAAAAACUUUUUUAAAGGCAAGACUGUCAAAAGAUUUCCACCACCUUACAAAACAGGAGAGGAGAUUUUGAACCAAAUUUGUGACUUAGGGAUAAGGAAAGUAACUGAGUUAGAUGCAGAAGAGGUUAAUCGAAGAAUAUGUAAGUCUUGUGGAUGGAAAAAGCAAAGUAUCUUUUGGGAUUUGCCAUAUUGGAGUUCUAACAUGAUUCGACAUAACCUUGAUGUCAUGCAUAUUGAGAAAAAUGUCUUUGAUAAUGUAUUUAACACGGUUCUUAAUAAUGUUGAUAAAACCAAAGACAAUUCACAAUCACGUUUGGAUAUGGUAAACUAUUGUGAUCGACCUCAGUUGGCAAAGGAUUCAAAUGGUAAAUACCCCAAAGCUGUAUACACAAUAGACAAGGAAGAAAAAGCUAUCUUGUUUAAUUGGGUCAAAGAUUUGAAAUUUCCAGAUGGGUAUGUUUCAAAUUUGGGUAGAUGUCCAGACACAAAUACGAAAAAGCUAUAUGGCAUGAAAAGUCAUGAUUGUCACGUGUUCAUGCAAAGACUUUUGCCUAUUGCUUUUCGUGAAUUACUUCCUAGUAAUGUGUGGCAAGCACUUACAGAGUUGAGCUUAUUUUUUAAAGAUCUUACUUCAACCACUCUACGAGUGGAUGACAUGGAGAGAUUAGAAGCAGAUAUCCCACAAAUUUUGUGUAAGUUAGAACGUAUAUUUCCUCCAGGGUUCUUUGACUCGAUGGAACAUUUGCCUGUGCACCUACCAUAUGAAGCAAAGAUCGCUGGACCUGUACAAUAUCGAUGGAUGUAUCCUUUUGAAAGGUACCUUGGAACUCUUAAAAGGAUGAUUGGAAAUAAAGCUAGUGUUGAGGGUUCUAUUUGUGAAGCAUACUUGAUGACAAAGUCAACACUAUUAUUUUCUCAUUAUUUUGAACCUCAUGUCAUGACACGUAAUCAUAAUGUGGACCGUAAUGAUGAUGGUGGUAUUACGGAGGAUCUUGAAGGAAAUCUAUCAAUAUUCACCCAUCCAGGUCGACUAUGGGGAGAGACAAGAAAAAGAAAUUUAUCACUUGAUGAAAUCAAGGCCGCUCAAACUUACAUAUUACUAAAUUGUGAAGAGGUUGAGCCAUUUGUGAGUAUGUACGUGCAACGUUUGCAAGAAGAAUCUCCCAAUUUAUCACAGUGUCAGAUAGAUGAGAGCCUUGAGGCAUAUUUUUCUAUAUGGUUUAAGGAAUACGUCCGAUGCAAUCAUAUAGAGAAUAAAUUCUUGCAUAGCCUUGCUCAUGGACCAUUAAUAGGCGCUACAUGUCAUUCAAUGUAUUUUGUUAAUGGAUACAAAUUUCAUACAGAAUGUUAUGGUAGCGCUAGAUCAACAAUGAACAGUGGAGUUUGUAUCUCAGAUCCAAAUUUUGGUGAUUACUAUGGACGGAUAAAAGAGAUUAUACAAGUGGAAUACCGUGAAGAACCUUUAAAGAAAACUGUCUUAUUCAAGUGUGAAUGGUUUGACCCAACUAUAGAUGUUGGUGUGAAGAAGCAUAAUCAAUACAAAUUGAUUGAUGUUAACCAACGUCGUCGGUAUAAAAAGUAUGAACCUUUUAUUCUUGCAAUGCAAGCAACACAAGUGUGUUAUGUCCCAUAUCCUAGCAAGAAAAAGGACAAGAUAGAUUGGUUAACCGUAUUGAAGGUUAAACCUCGUAAUGUUGUGGAAUUACUUGAUGAGGAAGUGGCACCAACUCCAGAACUGAAUGUUCCAUUUCAAGUCAAUGAAGUUGAAGUCCAUGAGAUAGAUAUGAAUGUUUCUGUUGAUGAAGAAAUACUCUUACAUGAUUUAAAUGGGGGUGUACUUGAAAUGGAAGAACCCAUUGAUGGGUUACAUCCAAAGUAUCAUGAAAUCCCUGGAGAAUCUACAGAGGAGGAGUAUGAAACUGAGGAGGAGUAUGAAUCUGAAGAAACUGAGGAGGAGUAUGAAUCUGAAGAAACUGAGGAGAAUGAGGAAGAAUUUGAAGAAGAUUUAGAUAGUGACUAG